AAAUAAACUGCUCUACGCUUCCUCUACUGCGCAGACUCGCGCACACAGGAAGAGCUAGAGCGCUCAUCCCACACAAGAUUUCACGUCUCCUUAAAAAGCUCUUAGGAGCUCAUCAUCAACAGUAAAACUGUAUAAGCAUCGGGUUGACGUGACCGAAGGAAGCGGCGUGUCGUACGGGGAGCUGCCUGCUGAAAUCGCCAUGAGUUAUAAACCUAUUGCCCCGGCGCCAUCAGGCUCCAAUCACACUCCGCCAGGCUCCUCUGUGCCCUCCCCUUCGCUCCCUUCGUCGUCCAACUUUAGGCCAGCGUUCAGUGACUUUGGGCCACCGUCAAUGGGCUUUGUUCAGCAGCCUGUCAAAGUGUCCCAGGGGUCCACCUACAGCGAGCUUCUGUCCGUCAUCGAAGAAAUGAGCCGUGAGAUCAGGCCGACGUACGCUGGGAGCAAGAGCGCGAUGGAGAGGCUAAAGAGAGGUAUAAUCCACGCCCGUGCACUGGUCAGGGAGUGUCUUGCAGAGACUGAGCGAAGCGCCCGCACAUAACCUUUUGGAAAAAUCCCCCCUCACCCGUCACUCUUUCCCUGUAGAAGCCCCCAUGUUUUUCCUGCUGCCCACCUUGCUUUGUUUGCCGGCUCUUUAUGGGUGCAUCAUAACCCUCUCGUGUCCACCGUUCACCACAUUUCACACCACGCCCAUUUUGUUUAUGACAAACUUUCGUAAACUUUAGCUGUUGGGCAGAUGCGUAAUGAAGUUUUAUACCUAAGAAGAAUGUGGGGGAUUUAAAGCUACGGGUUAAAACAUUUGUUUUUGUUUUUUGUUCUGUUCAAUGACGGCAAUUGACCAACAGAGCUUUUCUAAUGAUGACAUCGGUGUUCAGACUGCCCAAUUCUCUAGCUUCUAUUUUGAAUAUUGCUCUGCAACCACUGAAUAUUUUGAAUAUGACCCUUUUCCACUCAUCCAUCCUUAUGUUUUCGUCAUAUUUUGUAGCGUAGAGGUUUCAUUCCUAUACAUCUCAAGUCAGUUUGUUAGUAUGGAAAUUUUGUAAACCAGAUUUUUGCAGUUCAGUAUGUUUAUCUUAAUUAAAUAACUGAAAAAAUA